AUGCCGACGACAUCAUCUGCCCCGGUGUACGUCCCUAGUGCGAGUAGAAAGCUUCGAAAAGCCGGCGACACCCCGUACAUGUCCAUCCACAGCUUAACCCGGCGCAGAUUCCCAGUGCGAGUGAGAAGCAUGGGGCGCCUCAGUCACACUAUUCCACCACGGCCCACCGUCCACGGGGUGUACCAAGGGUGCGAACCAAGGCCGUGCCCACGUUUCUUGCUUCCCGUUACCCAAAGCCGUCUCCAGCAAUGGGCCGACCACGUCUUGCUGUCGGGACCCUUUGGAGACUGCCGCGCCGGCACAGUGCUUCCGGUCCACGUACAACUAACCAACCCCCGUAACGGCACUACCUCCUCGCUGCAGGCAAUCCCAGAAGCCUUCCGGGGAAGGACGCCUGCCUUUCCGGCUGGCAAAGUUUUUUGUGCCACGCUGGCUCGCAUCGCGAGAUUGGGCCUUGUCUUGUGCGCCUCUAUGCGGGUGGCGCGCCGAGCCGCCGAUCGGACUCUUCCUUCACCGCGAUCAGUGGAAAACUCGUCAAAGGGGAGAUCUGUCGAUUAUACAUGGGUGUUGCGAGGAAAGGCGUUCCGUGUAGUAACGGUGCUUAGGGCGACAGGUUGAAGAGUUGUUCGUGUGUGCGCGCCUGUUAGGGCUACAGGCGGAAGUCCCGCGCAAACGUUAACAGCAUGGUCCGUGCGCCCAUACUGAAAAUUUUGUGUACGGGAGAGAGUUGCAAACUGAGCAAUUGGUUGCUGCAGCGACAGGCUGGCUUCUGGGAGGCCGACGGAGCGAGACCAUAUCCUGAUCACGAGGCUCUGCUUGAAUUUGAUCUUGCUUCCCCGGGACCCACGUCGUUCCGGGACUCAGAAUCCUCUUGCUGCCUCAAGAGCUUCUCGACCGCGUCUGCCACGGGCGGCUUCUUGAUCUUGCCCGUAGUGGUUCGCGGCCAAGUGGCCAGGCCGAGUUCCUGGAGCGGGAGAAUUUGGGUUGGUACAAACAUGGGUCCCAUCUUGGCGAGGACAGUGUCGUGGAUUUCCUUUGCGACCAGCUUCAGCCUCUCGGCACUUGCCUCGAUGACGGCAACAGGGACCUGGCCGGCGAUGGGGUCGGGGGCUCCGACGAUCUGAAUGGCAAGCCGGGAGAGGUUGGGGUUCUCGGCAAGACGCGACUCGAUGGCGGCCGGGGCGAUGUUUUCCCCGCCUCGGAUGAUCAUGUCUUUGGACCGCCCGAUUAUGUACAGCUGCCCGCCCUCGUCCACGAGACCCAGGUCACCCGUGACGAGCCACCGUUGUCCCUGCGGGUCCGUGUAGCAGAACUCGUCCUCGUCCGGCCGUUCCAUGUACACGGUAGGGCCCGCAGUAGUGGAUCUCACCGGGAGUCUCGAUGGGCAGCGGCGGUCGGUCGGGCCCCGUGGCGCCGGGCGAGCAGACCUUGAGCGACGCGCCGCGGCUGCGCGGCCUGCCCACCGACAGCAUCCCCUUGUCGUUGACCAGCUUGUACCAGUCUGUGCAUCCGGCCGUGUUGGCCUCGGCGCCCUCGGUCAUGCCGUAGACCGACGUGAUCGACCGGACCCCCAGGACGGCGGAGCAGAUCUCGAGGUCGGCCGGCGUGGGCGGGGCACCGCUCAGGUACAGUGAGCGCAGCAGGGACCCCCCCGCCCGGGCGGUCUGUUUGAGCCUCGGGCCGACGGCUUCGCCCAGGAGCCUGAUCAGACUCGGCACCAGUGCCGCGUGCGUGCAGGCCUCGGUCAGCAGCACGUCCACGACUUGGGCCACGUUGAAGUAGAACCCCGGGUACACCACGCCGCCGCCGGAGCACAUGGGCGAUGUGACGGCCGACCGUCCCAUGCCGUGGUUGUUUGGCAUGAACGAGAGCCACAGGUCCCCCGGUGCGCGAUCGCAGCCGGGCGAGUCGGCAAAGUCCUUCAUCCCUAGCGACAGGGUGGGAUGUUCCAUCUUGAUGGCCUUUGGGCGUGAGGUCGACCCGCUUGUGAAGAGUAUCUCGUCAUCGGUGGGUUGCAGACCCUGACCAACGCCGUUGGCAGCUGUUUUGGCCGACAUGAGGCGCUCAAACGAGAGCUCAUUUCUCUCGGGGGCUUGCGCUGCUGCUUGACCCGACACAAAGAUCUUGGCGAACCCGGGAGUGCUCUUUAGGGGUUCCGAUAGCAAAAGCUCUCGCUCAAAGACCAUUAUGAUCGGCUUCCUACGGCAUGUACCCUUUACGAUGGUGGCGAGCUGAUGCUCUACUUCGUCCUUGUUGGAAAGGCUGCGCGGGUUCAACGGGGCCAUCACCAGCCCCAUUCCGCGUGCCGCCCACCAGGUGAGGACAAACUCGGCACAGUUCGGCAUAAAGGUCACCACAGCCGUGCCGGGCGGUGCACCCAGCAGCCCAAGACCGCCUCUGAGCCGCUCGACCCCGGAAUUCAGGCUCCGGAACGUCCAUCGUAGAUACGGGAGGCGCUCUGACUCCCCCUCGCCUCCCUGCCCCUCGACCUCGGGAGUAGGCUCGCUUGGAAUGCCGUAAAGGUCUGGCGCUUGGUGGGCGCACACUAGCGCUAUGUUACCUGGCCAAUUGGUGACGGAUCGAGUAAACAGCUCGGCCGUGUAAAGGUGAUCCCUGGGGCUCAGCUUAACUUAUUGGCUGGCGUGUCGUCGCUACGAAGAAGGCUUGAUGAGUUCAUUGUUUCCUGAAGGGGUCUGUCCCCGUGGAAUUUUGGCCUGAAAUCAGCCAGGGAUUUUAUGACUGUAUACUAUGGUACUUCCGAGUUGAUCCCGGAACCUUCGUGGAUGCAUAAACGGCUAGACGACGCAGCAUGGUUGUACGAUAGUACACGUUGAUAACUUUUGCUAUUAACCCAUUCAACCAAACAAGUCAACACGCACUAAGGAGAAUCAGUAUGACUAUUAUUAUUAUAGCACAUCUUUACGGGGAUUAAUCCUAUUUUACUUUUUUUGACUGCA